AUGUCGGUCGCGAAGUCGAGAGUGCUGGAAUUGAUGAAGGUCCAAUGCCGGAUCUUCUCAACCACAUUCAAUCCUGAUAGACUUCGAACAGGAAACAAGAUUCUUCGACAAAGAUUAAAGGGACCGGCGUUGGCUGCAUACUACCCACGAAAGAUGGCUACAAUCAAGGAUCUGCAGAAAGCUUAUGACGAAUAUGACGUCGAGACCUAUGAUGAUGCUGAGGAAGAUAGAUUUGAACAUAUUACAAUUCUGAAAGCUAGAGGAAAGGGAGCACCAAAAAAGAAGAGGACGGCAGAAGAUUCCAAGAAGUUCAAGGGAAAGAAGAGGUAGAUGAGGAUAAGCGUUAUAUCCUGAACAAAACUUGUACAGCAUUUUACAACUGUAGCAUUACUGGCGUUUGGGCUCAGCUCUUGGGACGGGGCUUGGUGGAGGGUUUCCUGAACUAUUGCCAGGACCUUGAACGCAAAUUGCAGAAGCUCAGUCAAAUGAGAAAGAUUAUUAUGAAUCUGCAUACAUUGCUCCUGAAAGCAUUUAAAUCUCGGCUAGAAGUCACAAUACUGCAAGUGAUUGCAGCCUUGGAAUCAACUAGCUCCUUCCAUGGCUAUGAAGUAUUGAGAUUACGCCGAUUUCGACUUCAAAUCCCUCCCUGUCAGCUUAUGGCUUAGACUUUCAAGGCCAUGAUGAAAGUUUGAGCCAUAUAUGAUAUCUUUCUAUUCAACGUGGAAGUAUACAUAAUCAAAGAGGGUCAUAUGUGUUAAGUACUAUUCAUAUCUACCACCAUCUUUAGGCAUGAUCAGAGGACAUAACGAUCUGUCGUACUUUCUACAAUUCUAUACAAGUUGCUAUUUCCUUAUAUGACCAUCAUGGGCAGACGGUAUUCUCGCAACAAAUCUUGGUUUGAUACUUCAGCCCGAAAGGUAAUUUAGAUUCAUCGCCUGUAAACUUUGGAAGUAGUUAAGAUUCUUUCAGAGAAGUUAUUCAUGAGGGAAUUUGAGCGGUACUAGUACAGAAAUGAAGGGGCAAGAGCGACCAUGCUGGAACUUUGUAUUCAUCGAGCUUUCUGGAUUUUCUCUCUUGCAAUACUUGAAUUUCUUUCCUCUUUCAUAGAGCCUCUUACUCUACUUGCGUCUCAUAUUUAUUUGAUCGAUGAAAAAAUCUGCCCAUCCAAUCAUAAAAAGACUUUAGAGUUGAAAUAUGCGAGACGAUAGAGUGAGGUGAGUGUAAGAUUCUCUGAGUGAAUAUAAAGCUUGCCGAACACCCGCACAAAAUCACUUUCGAC